AUGAAUCCAAGUGUUUGGAGCAAAAGUAUGUAUUCUUCCAGCAGCCUUUUCUUUGACGGCUACCCCGCGGAGCACGUCUCCUCAUUCCAACUGGACCCUGUGCUGUUAAAUUCAGAAGUUUCAGGUGUUUCUGUGUCCUUACACAAAGACAGCGAGGACAUAACAAUGCCACCGGAGAGGGCUUAUUACAGCAGCGAUGAUGCUGGUUCAAGUUUGAUCUGUUCAAGCCAGCUGGAGCUCAAUCCAUCAAGAGACAACACCACGGGACAUUUACCCACGAGAAAGCACUCGCCUCCUGCAUCCAGUUCAUGUGGUUACCACGAGUGGAACUUGAACAGUGGCCAUCAAGCAAAGCGUGCCAGAGUAGAACACAUCGUCAAAGGCAUGACCAGCUCCCCAGCUGUGCACUGCACAGAAGGGAUGACAAGUCAGCACGAGGAGUCAGGCGGCAUGCUGGAAAAUGAAAGCAUUCAAGACCAGGAGCUCGCGGACAGGAGUGGAUCUGGCAGCCGGACGGCGGGGAAGCAGCUUGAGAGUCAGCAUCAGCACCUCAGACAGCUCAGAACAAGGUUAAACCAUGUGGGUGGAGUAACUGACAUUGCAGACAGUAAAUAUCCCACCUGGAGCAAUUCUCCCGAAACAUCUACAAGGGACGCAUUCAAGGAUUCAUACAGUGAGUUCCAGAGCAGCCCGAGUAGAAAAUACCAAGGAUGGAAGAAGGUGAAGCUGAUGAACUACUUCCAGUCGAAGCCUGAGAGGAUAAAGCUGAUGGCAGAUGUUUUAAAGUACGAACUGAGCAGAGCCGUCAGUAGGAGCGUGGACUCGAUUUUUAAAAGCGUGCCACUUCUACAGGCAUCUCCAAAUGACGGGAACGCAGAGACUGAUGCGUCUCUUCAGCCUCCAGGUGCUAAAGAUGAUAAAGACAAACUUUCCUGUUGCGGGAACUCAGAGACCCGAGGAGUCCCAGGUGUUCAAACCGAAGCUCUGUCCCUGGUUGUACAAAAGCCUCGACUGGAAAGAGCCGACCAGUUCGUCCUCCAGUCCAGAUCGAGAGCUCCCCAUAGCCCCGAACCUCCAGUCCCCUUCAGCCACGACUCGGCUCUGCGCGGCGAUAUGCCGUCAGAUCCGUAUCACGGCACUGAGCAUGCCCUCAGGUGCCUGCGGCAUGAAUGCUCUGAAGAUAGCAGAGCAAAGUUUGAGACGUAUGGCGCACAUUGGAAUUCGGUCAAAGUGAGAUCGAAGGUCAACUCCAGAUCUGUCAGAAGCCCCCAGACUCACGCUGUGUUGGUGGGUAACAUGCUGUUGGAAAGCCCGUCUCUGCCUCGUGUCAAGAUGGAGUCGGAAGGCCUGAGGAAGAAUAACCUCUACAUGCUGAAUGAAGGUCUGACCACAAAUCAUCUGAAGAAAGCAAAGCACAUGUUCUUCUACAGCCGCUACCCAAGCUCACUGGUCCUGAAGAUGUGUUUCUAUGAUGUGCAGUUCACGCGCUGCAUCACCUCCCAGCUGAUCAAGUGGUUCAGCAACUUCAGGGAGUUCUACUACAUCCAGAUGGAGAAGUUUGCCCGGCACGCUCUCACAGCGGUGGCUGACGUGAGGAGUCUGACUGUGGGGAGAGAAUCAGACCUUUUCAGGGCGCUCAACAUGCACUACAACAAAACCAACGACUUCCAGGUCCCUGACGGAUUCGUGGAGGUUGCCGAGAUUACAUUGAGAGAAUUUUACGUUGCCAUUUCGAUGGGAAAAGAUCGUGAUCCAUCUUGGAAGAAAGCAAUUUACAAAGUGAUCUGUAAACUGGACAGUGACGUACCAGCUGAAUUCAAAAGCCAUCCCUCAGGAUGAGACCCAACCAGACGACAUCACGUGCCACAGUGGUCACUGUCACAAUGUGGACUUACUCGUGCCUCGAACAGCAAACUAUUUAGUCUCCAAUGAAGCACAGGACAUAUUGUAAAAUAGAAUAGUGACGAGCAUGCCCGCACAUAUCCAAUCUCAACACAUAUGCCGGACUGAUGUCGGAGUUUAUUAAAUGCUUUACUGGCUUGUUGCAGCAUGAGGUCGUUUGACAUUUGUGUUUUUUCAA